CUUUUGGUUGGAGGGGGGGCUAUAGAAAGGCUAGUGGUCGCACAUCUUUUCUAGUGGCGUGCAGCAUGUUAAACUUUAGCCAGCAUGGAUGGAUCUGUGCGCACUUCGCUGCAAGUUAACUGUGAUGUUUCGUCUCAUACUCCCACCGUAUUUACUACUACUUGUACUACUGCUGCUGUUAUAAACAGCGACGAGUCCUCUCGGGAGUGAUGGGCUCCAAGUUGAGCAGGCAGCGAAGUCUCGAUUUGGAAAGUAAAUGGUCCAAAAGACGGCGACAGAGGAAUGACACCCCCCCGGUGAAAAGCGAUAGAGGCGGUAAAGGAGGAAUUGGUGGCGGUGGUAGUGUGGGUGUUGGUGGUGGAGGAGACCUGCUGUUUACCUCGUUGAUGCUCAAGUCCGACAAGCUGCCAGGGAUGCUGCGGAAAAGCAACCACAGCCCAUACGUUAGACGGGUGGCUUGGAUCCGUGAGAUCCAGAAGCAUCUCCGGGAGCAGAGGACGGAACAGGCGGCAGAAGUGCUCAAACUGCUGAGGAAGGACUUGGGGCUCCAGGGGACGUCGCUCAAUGACAUUUUGUACAAGAACGCAGCUUUUCUCAACCUGGUGGACCCAAUUUCACACGAGCUGCUGCUGGGUCUGGCCCGAGACCUGCAGUGUCCAAAAAGGGAGACGGACUCCCUCAAGUCGACCAACAAGAUCUGCCGCCAGCUAAUUUACCACCUGACGCCUCACUCCAAGUGGACAAGACAGAGUGUUCCCAGGAGGAAGACUCAAGCCUGUUUGAAGACCACCCUGAAAAAGAAGCUGUCCGGCGACGUGGUCAACCUCUCCGGCAUCCCGCUCUCGGGCAGAGACGUCCACCGCGUGGCCUUCUACCUGCAGGGAGGCAGUGACGCGGUGUCGGCUGUGGACCUGAGUUUCACUGAGCUGCAGGACGAGAGCCUUCGCCUGCUCCUGCCGCCCCUAAGCGGCCUCCCUAAGCUGACCACACUCGCCGUCAACGGCAAUCGCCUCACCACAGCCAUCCUCAAAGACCUGACAGAGGUGGUAAAAGACCCCAAUAAGUUCCCGAAGCUGGCAUGGAUUGACAUGGGCAACAACGCCGACAUCUUCACCGUUCCGCAGCCGCUGCUCGUGGCCCUGCGGCGACGCUUCGGUUUACGCAGCAGCCUGCCCACCAUCUACGAAUAUAGCGAGGCAAAGACCUUCGGCAGGUACAACCCAAACAUGGAGACCUCUGUGGAGGAGCCCAGUGUGUAUGAUGAGGGUGACGAAGGUGAGGAGGAACGAGACGAAGACGAUGACAGGCUGGAGCUUCAAGCUUGGGGCUUUAGAGAAGACACAACACCCAGAAGUGUUCAGGUGUCAUUCUGUGGGAGGUGAUCUCACAGGUUUCCAUCCUCUCUUCUCAAUGCUACUCUGACACGUCUUUCUGAAAAUAAAGAUACUGUCUUGUCUGACCUCAGCCUCAGCGAUGUAGCUCCAUGCUAGUUCAGACACUUUAUUUAUGGAUUUAUCUUCUUCUGUCUAGACAGAUUUGGACCGCUUUUUUUGCCCCCAGGUGUCUCGUAUCGGUUACAGAAGGCUGGGCAGUUAAGUGCCUUGCACAAGGGCACCUUUGCAGUCACCCAUUAGGGAUUAUGUUUACAAUUUACAGGAAUAUCCCAAUUUAUUAUAUUUCCAAGUUGAAAGUGGACUUUUUCUCUGUGUUCUCCAUGACAGCGUUUUGUGUGAAGCGGGCCAGCCAACUUUAGUCAUGUCAAAAAACGAUUUGCAGUUACUACACAGAGUAAACUGAAUCUAAGGUGAGCAGAAAACACAAAGUACGCUCCACAAAAUAUAUAUUUUGCCGUGUAGUGGAAACACAUCAACUAUAUUGUCAGAGGGGAGGCUCACUGUACUACACUUUGAAACCCCCCUCGGUAUACAAAAUAAGAUUCUGAGGUCAUGAGAUCACUAAACGUUUUAGAGUGUCUCCUCAUCAGGAAUUAUUGCAUUGGCGGUUUUGAAAGUGUGAGAUGGGCCUCGGGGGCCUCAGGGAGGCGCAACAGCUUGAGAAAAGCAAAGGAAACAAACUGCUAAGCCACCUGGAGUUAUGUCAAAGGCAAAAUUUAUAUAUUUUUUUAGUUCCUACAAUGAGACUAAACUGUGGUGAGCAGAAAACACCACGAAAGAUGGUCCAGGAAAUCCUUUGGGGGGGAUGUAGAGGAAGUCCCAGCUGCGGUGUAUUCUCUUAGGGGAGACGCACGCUGCCAUACUUUGAAAACCACUGAAUUACAUAUUUUAAACGUGUUUGGCUCACUUUAAAUCAAGCUUUACAUAGCCAAUUGCGCUCUGAUGUGUAUAGAUUGCUCUAAGGCCACCUCAGGUACAGUUACAGCACAGGAUACACUGGAAUUAUUUUUAAAUAUAAAGAAAAUAAAACAGUAUAUUUGUCACAGCAGCAAUUACUGAAUAUAAUUCAUGGAACUCACCAGAGGCCCAAAUCUAGCUAAUAAAAUUUCUGCGUCUCACCAAAGCUCAUCUCAAAGAAGACAACCUCUUCCAUGGUGGUGAAAUCUUCCUCACUUUCCUGUUCCAUUAAUCCAGAAAAUAAAUGAACUUGCGAGCAUUUAGCUCACUGAAGCUUAAUUCUCGUUUGCUAAACUGGCUAAGUGUCCAUCCAUGUCAAUGGCUAACGCUAACUUGGUACAGUAGGUGGGCUAUUCAAGGAUGAGCUGUUAGCAGUGUUGCCAACUCGCUGACUACUGGUAAUGGUAUUGCUAAUGGGAAUGGUUUCAUUUUAUUUGAACAUGCACACUAGCUACAAUGGAAUACAUCACAUCAUUCCAUUCACAGUUCCACGUGUCCAAAAGGAGUACGAAGAAGCAAAACUUGCUUAAUCCUAACCCCUGUCCGUUCCACAUUUAUUCAUUUCCUGUAUUCCAUGUGUGAUUUUUUUUUAAUACUUAGAAGAGUAAGAAAGUAAUGUAACAAUAUGGUGAUGUAAUUAAGAUUUUUUUCAUAAUAAAUAGAAAUCAUAUAUAAUAAUCAGUGUAAUAAUAAAUGAAUAAUGAAUAGAGACAAACAUAACAAGUUCAAGACUCUUCUUCCUUAUAUGUUGCAUUGUAUUGUUUCUUGAAUUUGCUCAUCUCGGUGCUUUGUUUGACUUCCUUACUCAAUCUGUUCCAUAAUUUGAUUCCACAUACUGAGAUGCUGGAGGUUUUUAGUGUUGUUCUCGCGUAAAAGUGUUUUAAGUUUAGUUUUUCUCUAAGGUCAUAUUUCUCCCCUCUUGUAGAGAAGUAUUGUAUGACAUUUUGGGUAAUAGGUUAUUGUUAGCUUUAUGCAUUAUUUUAACUGUUUGAAAAUGUACUAAAUCGGUGAAUUUUAAUAUUUGUGAUUUUAGCGAUAAGGGAUUUGUAUGUUCUCUAUACGCGGCAUUGUGGAUUAUCCUCACUGAUCUUUUUUGCAGUACAUUUAGCGAGUGAAGAUUGCUUUUAUAGUUAUUACCCCGUAUCUCCACACAAUAAGUUAGACAUGGUAGUACCAGACAGCAGUAAAGAGUAUGUAGUGAUGUUUGAUCAAGAACAAAUUUAGCUUUUUUCAAUAUUGAAGUAUUUCUCGCCACCUUAUGUUUUAUAUUUUUGAUAUCAGAUUUCCAGAUUUGUCACUAAAUCUGGCGACAUUACAAACCCUCUUGGUGACAUUUUCUCAAAAGCGACUAGCGACAAAUCUAGUGACUUUCUGACGUCGUUGGAGAGUUUUCUGGUAUUUGGGGACUCAAAAGUGAAAGCACAUAUUGUCCUGCAGUUUCUGUUCUCACUGAGCCGCAGGGGGUGCUGCUGAGAGGUCCGCCCCGCCCCAAAGCGGUCACAAGCCGUCAGUGCACAAUCAUCUUCCGCGGCACGCUGAGAGCAUUGUGAAGCUCUACGCAAACAUGAAUCUUGCAGUGCCGCUGGGGUGGAUCGCUCCCUGUUUCACAGAGCAAGAUCUAAAAUGUAAAUAUUACUACUCAUUACACUCAAGCCUCAUUCGAACUCAGUCACUUACCUGUCAGUGUGUCAGAACGUGUGAUGGAAGAACGUUGCGUGAUAAAUGAAACAAGUAGUCCUAAUGCAAGAUCAAAUGUGGUAGGCGCUGGCUGAGAUAAAAUAUUAAAAUUAUAUUUUGAUGAGUUGAUGGCCAAUGAAGAAACCAAGAGUCAAGUUUAUUUGUAGUUCUAAACGUACCGUAAUUAAGGUGUUUUUACUCACUUUUUUGUCUCUCCUACAAGGUCGUGCUUUUUUCCUACAGCAUCUGUUACAACGUAAUACGCAAAGUAGCCGAUGUCGCCACCUAGCGACUUCUAGCACAGCCAUUUUUGUACUGAGGAGUUGGCAACAGUAGUUGUUUAAACCUUAGUUAAACUGUUGUACAUUUCAACGUCAAAGCUUCAAAACGAAGCUGUCAAAACGAGUUAGGACUCCAUGUAUCCAGGAGUCCUUCAUUAUUACGUUUCUGUUCUUGAACUCGACUCAAUUUGGUCACGGGUUUAAAAAACAGCACUUCCGCUUUGAAUUAUGACCUUUUAAAAUAAAGUCCACAUUAUUAAGGUGCAGUAUUUCAACACAUUUUCACAUUACUGUAAACUGUUUUUGUAAAGGGACAUUUUGUCAAAUUCAUAAUGGGGUAAAAUAUUAGUAACAUUUCCAAGCUAUACGGUGGCUUCACAUUUGACUUCAAAUGGCACAAAAACAGUGUUUCUGACUGCAUACACUAUAUAGCUGUACAGAACACACACUCGCUGCAGAUGAACUGAUUACUGCCUGGUUUGUCCCCUCAGUAGCAGGUCUAUUUUUUUCCCAGUAAAUAGGACUAGCCCCAGACCAUUUUAAUGAUGGGGUUUUAUUUAUUCUGAUCAGUGAGCAAUGGGAACAAGAAGGAUGCCAGCUCUUUUUAAAGGCAACACGGAGCACAUUCAGUACAGUACGUCGUUGUAGUGACACGAAUGCUGCAACUCUUCUUCCGUUUUAGUUAGUGUUCAUUUAAUAUUGAUGUAUUUGAACUAACUGUAGCACAUCCAUAGAGACAGAAGCAUGUUUUUUUUAAGGAUAAUUGAUCAAAUGACACUCCUGUUGUUGAUGUGUUGUUUUCUCCUACAACGGUAUUGUUUGUUUUUUUGUGCUUACUGGAUUAUUAAUGAUCAGGAUGCCUUGCUAUGCGAGUGCAUAAUUACAAUGUGUGCACGUAAAGGACAUGCAGAGUAAAUGACAACCUUUGAUCGCACAAAUGAAAUGUUUUUCAUUUGCACUUUAAGGACAACUCAGCCACUCCUGAAUAAGCAAACAUUGUUUUAAUGAGUCUGUGUUAUAAAUAGGUUCUUUCUGAAUUAACUUUUAGCAUUUUCUACACAAAUGUUGAUGGUGAAUUCAUUAGGUCAUUUCAAAAUCAUGACUUGCUCUUAAGACUGAAAGUGAUGUUUGCCUGCUGCUGUUGCUUCCAGAAAU